AUGACGCUGCAGACUGAGAGCCCUGUGGCAGGGCUGGGUCCUCUUACCCUCCUGCUCUCCGUCCGGGUGCUCCUUCCCAGAGAAGCCUCUGGCAAUUGGCACCUGACAAAUUUGGAUGCCAGAGGCGUGGAUGACAGCGUGAAGAGCUCAGGUCUUGAAGGCUUUCACAGGUGGCUUCAGCAUGACCAUGGGCUCCUCUCGGAGCGCCAGCAGGAAGGGGCACCUUCUGGGGCACCUGCACCAGCCCGGGUGCAGUCCUCUGGAGGACCCCGACCCACAGCGGUGCGCAGGAUGCAAGCUGCCUGCUUUUGUGCCAAGUUCGAGCCCCGGGGCCUCACCGGUAAAGCGCAAUAUGAUAUCAAGACUUUUAUUGGGACCGGCAGUUAGGAGGUGGUCAGGGUGGAGCUGAAGACCACCAGGAAACCUUUUGCAAUACAAGUGAUGGAAACCAGAAUGAGAGAAGGCAGAGAGGUGUACUCUGAGCCCCCUCUCCUAUGGGGGGUUAGCCACCGUUCCAUCACCCAGCUCCUGGAGAUCUUUGGGGCCCGAGAUCAAGUUUACAUGGUGGUGGGGUUGGGUCCAGAAAGGGAGUUCUUUGAUCGACUCAUCUCUCAGGGAUCCUUUACAGAGCAGGACGGCAGAAUCCCCCACGUGGUUGCUGAUGGCAUGAGGUAUGUGCAUGCAUGGAAAAUACUCAACAGGGACCUAAAGCCUGAAAAGCUCUUGCACAAUCACCCAUGAGUAGACUCAAACAUUUUAAUCACAGACUUUGAUUUGGCACACUCUAGGAACAAAGGGGGUGACUGGACAGUGAGGAUGUUCUGUGGGACCCCAGAGUACAUAGCUCCCAAAGUUUUGCUGAGAAAACCCUGUACCAGCACAGUUGACAUGUGACUAAUCGAGUAUGUGUUACUUGGCAGAUCCCCGUCUUUUGACGAUGAAAGCCACGUGAGGCUUUAGGGGAAGAUUCUGAAAGGCAAAGAUAGUUAUACAGGAGACCCUUGGCCAGGUUUUUUAUACUGGGUGAAGAACUUUAUAGGCAAACUGGAUUUGGGGGGUAAUCAUCGCUUGUCAGCUGGGCAGGCCUGGAACCACUCCUGGGUCAUCACCAUGGCUGUAGGGUCUUCCAUGAAAACUCUUCAAGGGUCAUUUCCGGAAUCUCAUCAGGGCGCAUCUCCCCAUCCACGGAGUCCUGGAUCUGCACAGUCUUUGAAAGCAUAUUCUUAUCACAAAUCAAGGCAUACAUGGAGCAAGAGAAGCUUAAGGGUAGAAGAAUCACCACAAUCUGUACUUUAG